AUAAAGCCCAGCUGCACACCAGAAGCAUCGUAAACACAGUAGAGUCCUCCAUCCACACUGAGCUCCUCAUCAGCACCACUAGAGCAACUUCUGGAUCGAUUCACUGUUUCUCUGCGCGUGUGACAGCCUGAAAGGAUGGCAUUGUCUUGGUUCCUGUUGAGUUUCCUCUUCCGUUCCCUGUACGCCCACAAUGAUUUCUUCACUUCUAUAGGCCAGAUGACAGACCUACUGUACACAGAGAAGGACCUGGUAAAAUCACUAAAAGAAUACAUUAGACAAGAGGAAAACAGACUAGAGCAGGUCAAAGAGUGGGCAGACAAACUGGACUCACUGACGAACACAGCCACGCAGGACCCAGAGGGAUUCCUGGGGCACCCGGUCAAUGCAUUCAAACUGAUGAAAAGACUCAACAGUGAGUGGGCCGACCUGGAGACCCUGGUGCUGAAAGAUACCACCAAUGGGUUUAUCUCUAAUCUGACUGUCCAGAGACAGUUUUUCCCAACAGACGAGGACCAGACAGGAGCAGCCAAAGCUUUGCUCAGAUUACAGGACACAUACCAGCUGUCUGCCAACACCAUCUCUAAUGGAGACCUGCCUGGUGUUGUGCACAAGAGCCGGAUGACGGUGGCAGACUGCUAUGAGCUGGGGAAGAUUGCAUACUCUGAGACAGAUUACUAUCACACAGAGCUCUGGAUGGCUCAGGCCCUCACACAGCUGGAUGAAGGCGAGGAAUCCACCAUAGACAAGGUCACAGUUUUGGACUACCUCAGUUAUGCCAUCUACAAGCAGGAUGAACUAGAGCGAGCCCUCGAGCUCACCAAGAGGAUGCUGAAGCUGGACCCAGAUCACCACAGGGCCAAUGGGAACCUAAAGUACUUUGAGUUCCAGCUGGAGAAGCAGAGAAAGGCAGAGGCUGAGAAUAAGGAAGUGGAAGAUAAAAAAAGAGAGAAGAAAGUGCUGGACAAACAUGACACUGAGAGCAAACGGUCCAAAGACCCUCUGCCAGAGAGAAAGAAAUAUGAAAUGCUGUGCAGAGGGGAGGGAGUAAAACUGACCCCACGCAGACAAAGCCGCCUGUUUUGCCGUUACUAUGAUAACAACCAUAAUCCACUGUUGCUUUUGGCUCCAGUGAAGCAGGAAGAUGAGUGGGAUCGCCCACGUAUUGUCCGUUAUCAUGACAUCAUCUCUGACAGUGAGAUCGAGACAGUGAAGGAGAUGGCAAAACCCAGACUCCGUAGGGCUACUAUAUCCAAUCCCAUCACGGGCGUGCUCGAGACCGCCCCCUACAGGAUCAGUAAGAGUGCUUGGCUGUCUGGAUAUGAGCAUUCUACAAUUGAAAGGAUUAACCAGCGUAUCGAGGAUGUAACAGGCCUGGAAAUGGACACAGCAGAAGAGCUGCAGGUUGCAAAUUAUGGAGUUGGUGGUCAGUACGAACCUCAUUUUGACUUUGGAAGGAAAGAUGAACCAGAUGCCUUUAAAGAACUGGGAACAGGAAACAGAAUUGCAACUUGGCUCUUUUAUAUGAGUGACGUGUCAGCAGGGGGCGCUACAGUCUUCCCUGAUGUAGGCGCAGCAGUGUGGCCUAAAAAGGGUACAGCAGUAUUCUGGUAUAACCUUUUUGCCAGUGGAGAAGGAGAUUACAGCACAAGACAUGCUGCCUGUCCAGUAUUAGUGGGAAACAAAUGGGUAUCAAACAAAUGGAUACAUGAACGAGGUCAAGAAUUCAGACGACCCUGUGCAGUGUCCGAGAUGGAAUGAUCACUUCUUUUCUUAUUUCCUGUUCAGUGUCAGUUUUAGUCAAUAUGAUGUGUGUUUGUACAAGGAGUGAAUGACUAUGCUUCAAUCUAUGCAUUUAUUUUAUUGUUCCCUUUUACUCAAAUAAUAGACCUAGGAAUGCUGUGAGGUUUCUGGGCAGGAUAUUCCCUGACUGUAGAAACUAUGAAUAUGCAUAGAUCCAAUCAAAUAUUUUAUUUUAGUUAUUUAUUUAGGGUUAAAUUUGAACUCCAUAUGUUUCAUUUGCUCUUCCUGACAUGUCUUAAACUCCAACAGACCUCUAAGUCUUUCAUUUAAACCACUGAACACUCCAUAAACCUUAAUAUAAAUGUUAAAGAAAACACGGCACAGUGCAAGCCCAACUUUUUAGACCAGAAAAUAAAAGGAAAAUAA